AAAGCGAUACACUCACCAACAGCCGGGCUUCGUUCGACACAUGCGCGGACGCGUCGAUGUUCCCGGACCCGUCAGUACUAUCUAAAAUCUUUGGGCAAUGCUAUCUCGAGGAGCUAUUUCGAUUCCAUAGCUUGUAUUUUUCACUUCCGGUGUUUUACACAAUACUUUAAAGUGCCGUCUUUUGUUUUCGAAAAUCCCGGAAUUGUUAGGCUGUCAUCAACAGGGGAUUAUUUACUCGGAGGGGAUUGCAGCCAUGAUGGCGUCAAGCUACAACGCUAAGGAAGAGGACGGUCACCACUCUGGUCCUUCGAGUCAUGGCGGCGCAGGAGCCGUGAAAAGUAAGAAGCCAGAUAACACAGCAUUUAAACAACAGAGACUACCUGCUUGGCAGCCGAUUUUGACGGCUGGCACCGUGCUUCCUGCUUUCUUCGUGAUCGGCCUCAUCUUCAUCCCAAUCGGCAUCGGCCUGUAUGUUACGUCUAAUAAUAUCAAGGAGUUCGAGAUUGAUUACACUGGUGUAGACAUGUCAAGCCCGUGCUUCAGCUGUGCAAAAAACUACAGCUGGAACAGCACAGCACCUUGUGUCUGUGCUGUCAACUUCACGUUGGAGCAGCCUUUCGAGAGCAACGUCUUCAUGUACUAUGGCUUAUCAAACUUCUAUCAGAACCAUAGACGCUAUGUGAAAUCCAGGGAUGACAGCCAGCUCAAUGGUGACCGUACGGCUUUGACGAAUCCCAGCAAGGAAUGUGAGCCGUAUCGUACCAGCGAAGGACUGCCCAUUGCUCCUUGUGGGGCCAUCGCUAACAGCCUCUUUAAUGACUCUCUUGUUCUCUAUCAUAUCGACUCCAAUGGCACCAGAAUCCAAAUCCCUCUGGUAAAGAAGGGCAUCGCCUGGUGGACAGACAAGCAUGUCAAGUUCAGGAAUCCUGGUGGAAACAGCAACCUCACUAUUGCUUUUCAAGGCACUAACAAGCCAGUGAAUUGGAGAAAACCCGUUUCUGAGCUGGAUCUAGAUGACGACGACAACAAUGGCUUCAUCAAUGAGGACUUCAUAGUGUGGAUGCGCACAGCUGCCUUACCCACUUUCCGCAAGCUUUAUAGGAUCAUCCAGAAGAAGUCGAGCUCAACUCCAACCCUCGCUAGUGGCAGAUAUGUCUUGAACAUCACCUACAAUUACCCUGUCCUCAGCUUUGACGGACGCAAGCGAAUGAUCUUGAGCACCAUCUCCUGGAUGGGAGGCAAGAACCCUUUCCUGGGUAUCGCCUACAUCACCGUGGGCUCAAUUUGCUUCUUCCUGGGCGUGGUGCUGCUCAUUAUUCACCAUAAAUACGACUCCCGCAACAACAGUGCUGACAUUCCAAACUAGCUCCUCCCUGCAGAGUGUCCAUUCUGGACUGCUUGUUGGUUUUAGCUUGAAUACACCGGUCAUCUGUAAAUGUAAGUUGUAUGUUUAUGCAAGAACAGUUUUAUGUUUGUCGUAAAGCUGUGUUUGAAGGCAAGAGACAAUGCCUGAGUCUUGACUGCUUCAAAUUGGCUGCUGCGAACGUCAUGUUUGUUUUUUUAUUUUUAAAAAGUUGUAUUUAUCUCUAUCAGAUAUGUGUUGUAUGUCAGCACAGCUUUGGGAAUGGCUUAAUUAUUGAAGGAUGUGUAUUGUAUCCCAGAUUUUGUCCAUGUUUCUGUACUGUUAAGAUGUUCUGCUGAUGAAUGUACUAAUAUAUUACAUUGACUUACCUGUCAGUUUUAGACUCCAACUGUCUGUCUUGUCCAUCCAUUAUUGUAUGCCCUCAUAUAAUGACCAAUUACAUCAUAUGUGUGAU